GGGGCGGCCGAGCGGCGGCGGCGGCGGGGAGCGGGACGGCGGAGCGGCGCGGAGCGGCGCGGAGCGGCCAUGCCCUUCUGAGGAGCCGCGCAGCAUGUUCGGGCUGGAGCAGUUCGAGCCGCAGAGCAGCAGCCGGAGCGGCGGGCAGGCGGAGCGGGGCUUCGGCCAGCCCGGACUGAGCAUGAGCGCGCACUUCAAGGCGCCGGCCUUCCCCGGCGGCGGCCCGGCGGCGGCGGCGGCGGUGGACCCGGCCCUGGGCGCGCUGGGCGAGCCGCCCCUCCUGGGCAUGAACAUGAGCCUGGCCGGGGACGCCUACGGCUUCCCGGGCCGCGGCCCCGCCGAGCUGCACGGCGGCGGCAUGCAACCGCCGGUGCACGGCUUCUUCGGCGGGCAGCAGCCGCACGGCGGCCACGGCGGCGCCCACCACCCCCACCAGCACCCCCCGCACUUCGGCGGCAACUUCGGGCCCGACCCCGGCGCCUCCUGCGUGCACGGCGGCCGGCUGCUGGGCUACAGCGGCGCGCUGGGCGGCCAGACGGCGUUCGCCGACGGCUACGAGCACAUGGCCGAGAGCCAGGGCGGCGAGGGCUUCGGGCAGCAGCGCGCCGGGACCCUGCCCGACUUCCAGCACCACAGCGCUGGCGCCUCCAGCCACGCCGUGCCGGCGCCCUGCCUGCCCCUCGACCAGUCCCCCAACCGCGCCGCCUCCUUCCACGGGCUGCCGGCGGCCGGCUCCUCCGAGCCCCACGGCCUGGAGCAGCGGCGGCUGCCGGCGCAGGGCGGCGUGGACUCGCUGGAAUACAAUUACCCCGGCGACGGCCCCGCCGGCCACUUCGAGCUGCCCGUCUUCUCGCCGUCGGAGCCCGAGGGGCAGCUGCCGCAGCACUACGGCGGCGGGCGGCAGGUGCCGGGGGGCGGCAGCUUCGCCGGGGCGCCCGCCCUGCCCCGGGCGCCCGGCAUGGCCGUGGCCAAGGCGCACCCGCCGCAGCAGCACGGGGUCUUCUUCGAGCGCUUCGGGGGAGCGCGGAAGAUGUCCGCCAGCCUGGAGCCGGGGGCCAGCGCCAGGCACCCGCUGAUGCAGCAGCAGCAGCCGCCGCCGCCGCCGCCGCAGCAGCCGCCGGGCUUGCUGGCCAGACAGAACUCCUGCCCGCCAGCCAUCCCUAGGCAACCGCAAACAGAAGCCAACGCUCCCAACCCCAACCUGCAGGACAAUGGGCCCAUAAUGCAGAACCAGCAUGCACAGUUUGAAUACCCUAUUCACAGACUGGAGAACAGGAAUAUGCAUCCCUACGCCGACCCCGUGUUUAAUAUGCAGCACCCUCCUCCGCAGCAGCCACCAAAUCAAAGACUGCAGCACUUCGAUGCCCCCUACGUGAGCGUCGCCAAGAGGCCGCGGUUCGACUUCCCCGGCAACCCCGGCGUCGAGCGCUGCGCCUCCUGGGCCGGCGGCAUGCACGGCCCCGCCAUGGAGAGCCACCUCUCCCCGACGGCCUACCCCGGCCUGCCGGGCGAGUUCACCCCGCCGGCGCCCGAGGCCUUUGGGGCCCCGCUGCCGCACGGUGGCCCCGAGCACCCGGCGCUGGCGCAGCGCCAGAACGCGGCCCUGGUGAUGAAGCAGAUGGCCUCCCGCAGCCAGCAGCGCCUGCGGCCGCCCAGCCUGCAGCAGCUGGGCCACCACGGUGAGGUGGGCCCGCCCGGCGGCCUGCCCCCGCCCGCCUUCGAGCGGGAGCCGGGCGGCGGCGGCGGCCGCGGCUUCGACCCGCCGACGCCGCACAUGGCCCCCGACGGCGCCUGGUUCGCGGGGCCGCCGCCGCCCGGCGAGCUGCUGCCGCGGCGCAUGGCGGCGCCGGGGCUGCCGGCCGAGGCCGCCCCUCACGAGCUGGGCCUGCAGCCGGGCGGUGCCGCCGUGCUCUUCCGGCCGGGCGCCGGCGGGCUGGGGCUGCAGGAGCCGCUGCGGAUGGCGGGCGAGGGGCCGGCGCAGGCCUUGCCCUCGCCCGGCGUCCACCCGCCCUUCGCGCCCGCCAUGGGCGGCCUCUCGCAGCUGCAGUCGCCGGGCGGCGGCGUGGCGCUGCCCAGCGCUCCCGCCGAGCGCCGCGGCCCCGCCGACUUCGCCGCCCAGCCGGGCUUCCCCUUCGCGGCGGCGGCGCGGCAGCCGGCGGCCCACGGGGCCGCGCCCGCCCUCAGCGCCUCGCCGGGGGCUUACCCGCCGCCCCCGCCCGAGUUCCCCCCGCCGCCCCCGCCGCGGCCCGCCGCCAGCAAGCUGGGCGCCCUCUCGCUGGGCUCCUUCAGCAAGCCGGCCAGCAAGGACAACGUCUUCGGGCAGAGCUGCCUGGCCGCCCUCUCUACCGCCUGCCAGAACAUGAUCGCCAGCCUGGGCGCCCCCAACCUCAACGUCACCUUCAACAAGAAGAGCCCGGCCGAGGCCAAGCGCAAGCUCAGCCAGGCCGAGCCCGACCCGCCGCCGCCCGCCGCCCCGGACUACUUCCCGGCGGGGCCGGCGGCGGGCGCGGGCGGCGCGGGCAAGGCGGUGGGCGCUGCCCCGCUGCUGCCUGCCGAGAGCAGCCUCUCGCCCGGUUACGCGCUGGAGCCGGCGGCGGGCGGCGAGGGGAAGGCGGGCGGCGGGCGGGGGCGGGGCCGCCGGAAACGGGACAGCGGGCACGUCAGCCCCGGCACCUUCUUCGAGAAGUUCUCGGCCGCGGAGGGCGGCGGGGCCGGCGUCAGCCCGGGGCAGCCGGCGGUGCCGGCGGCGGCGGGGGGCCCGCCGGGGGCUGCGGGCGCGGAGCGUGGCGGGGGCACCCCCCACGACAAGCCCCUGACCUCGCCCUCCUGGGGCAAGGGCGGUGAGCUGCUGCUGGGGGAGCAGCCUGACCUGAUGUCCUCCCUGGACAGCGGCAUCCAGAGCGUGACCAAGUCGGACGGCAGCUCCCCGCACGUGGACUUUCCCGACGAGGUCAGCACCAGCUACGGCAACGAGGAUGAGGUGUCCUCCAGCUCUGACAACGCCGCCUCCAAGCCCACCCGCAGCCCGCUGCUGGGUGGCUCGCCCAAGCUGCCCCGCGGGGAGCACGCACUUCUCAACGGACAGAAGCCCCUGGCCCUCGGCCUCCUCAGUACGUCUACCUCGACCCCCGACAGCUACGGGCUCAGCACCACGGCGGGCGCCCACCCCGGCACGCCGAGCAUGGAGCAGGUGCGGACCCCCACGAGCACCUCGGCCCAGGACGAGAUCCACCCCCUGGAGAUCCUGCAGGCGCAGAUCCAGCUCCAGCGGCAGCAGUUCAGCAUCUCGGAAGACCAGCCCUUGGGGCUGAAGAGCAAGAAGGGGGAGUGCGCGGGGCAGAACGGGGACAGUGACCUGGGCAGCUGCUGCUCGGAGGGUGUCAAGGGCGCCAUGAGCACCAUCGACCUGGACUCCCUGAUGGCGGAGCACAACUCCACCUGGUACCUGCCCGGCGAGAAGGCCCUGAUGGAGGGGCAGGAGGAGGACAAGCCCAUGGCGCCCUGGGAGAAGCCCAAGCCCCCGAACCCCAGCAAAGAAGCCCACGACCUUCCCCCGAGCAAGACCUCGGCCGCGGCGCAGACCGGCAGCCACCUGCAGUGCCUCUCGGUCCACUGCACGGACGACGUGGGCGAGGCGAAGGGCCGGACUGCGGUGCCGACGUGGAGGUCCCUGCACUCGGACAUCUCCAACAGAUUUGGGACUUUUGUGGCCGCCCUGACUUGAACAAAAGAAAUUAUUUUUUUCCUCUUUUUAAUUUCAAAGGGCCGCUACUGCUAGGUGGACUAUUUUUCUAGGUUGGUACCUGCUUAGUGGCAUAUGGACUGGAAAGGGUUAAUUUAAAGUAAACCUCAACUUUUUUUUAAUCUUCUGCCACAGUAUGUUACCAGUGUUAACCCUUCUGCAGUUAGCACACUUUUGCUUAAGAUUUUCCUGCUAGACCACUUUUUCCCAUUAUUCUGUAACCUUGGCAUACAUUUAUAGAUGAGGCCUUUUCCUUUUUCAUCUCAGCGUAUGUCCAAGUCACGUAUGUCAUAAUAAGACAAAGAUUCUCCUCCUCCUCCUUUUCUUCCUCAUUUGCUUUGUUUUUUCUUUUUUUGUUUUGCUUUGUUCAGUGCUUAUUACAAUGGUGAUCCUGAAGAACAGCAGUUCAGGAAUAAACGCCGGUUAAAGUGAAAUGGUCAUUAUUAUAUUAUAUUAUAUUGACACCCAGCUUUUGCCAGUCACAUACAAACCAAACAGUUAAUGCUCUGUUGAAUAUUCAGGCAAUGAGCCUGCCCUUUCUGAGAAAAUGAUGUUCUGUUGUUAAUAACGUUCAGCCUCGUUUGCUCUCCACCUCCCCCUGCGAGGCGAGGACGCUCGUUCCUGUAUUUACCCUGGUGAAGCUCAGAGAUGGAGCUCUGUCACGAACGGGCUGGUUCAGACACGGCCGGGGAAGGUAUAGAGAAGUUUUUCUAAAUAAGUCUAACAGGAAGUUUACUUAAUUUUUAAGAGUCAUUAUCUCCUCCACCAAAUGCCCAGGCUCCCUCUCUGCUUUCGGGGAGGAACCGGGGACGCUCCCCAGCGUGGCCGCAGCCUCCUGCUCCCGGCGAUGCUCCCACGGUUCCCACUUUAUCACCGCUGGAGAAACGAAGCCCCCCCCGAGCUGCUGCACCCAUCCUGCGCUCAGCCCCGCGGCGCGAGGUCCCGGCAUGGGGGUCGGUGCUGGGGCCACUGGUGGCCGCUGUCCCCACGGGCCUGCCAGGCGCCGCUGCUGCACCCUGCCCGUUUUUCGCCCCUUUUUUAGCUGAAGGAAGACGCUGUCGAUGGGAAAUGGGGUUCAGCGUCCCGUGCGCUUGUCUGUGGGGUGCCCUGGCUCCUGCCACGGCCGUCCUGGUGCGGUGGCAGCGAUCAGGGGACGGCCCAAGCAGGGGGUGCAGGGAGGGCUGUACACCCAGGGUCGGUGUUUCCUAAUCUGCCAGGGCAGGGAGACGCCGCAUUAGACACCCCCCCAGCCCCAAACUCACUUGAGGCCCCAUUUUCACCACGCAUUGAAGAACAGUGACACUGGAUGCACACAAUAAAAGGAAAACCAUACUUUCCUGCUCGCGAUAGAUAAUACUCAUUCGAGAAGAAAGUUGGAAGCAAACCAGAUAAAAACAUGACUGACACGAUGAUCCGACACUCCUGUGGUUUUACGUAACGCUGUCCAUUAUUUGUAUAUUCUCUGUGCACAGGAGUGGGAGCUGUCCCACCCUGCUCAGGCCAGCUCACUUUCCUCUGCUCCCUGAAGUUUAAUAACAUCACUGGGGAUUUAGGUUUUAGCUGUGAAAUAAAGGUCGGCCUCUCUAAGGUUACUUUUUAAUUCUGUCAUGACUUCACAAAAUGUGUCCCUCCUCAAGGGAUGGAGUUUGAAGACUGCUUUGUAUUUUAUCUUUGAUGAUUGUGCUGGGCCUUUAAUUAUUUUGAAGUAAUGUUCUCAGUAGGCACCAAUGGAGAGGAAAUUCUGCCUAAAAUGCCAGUGGCAUGGUGUGGUCUGAAAUCCUCACUCUCAGUCAUAUGUGGCUUCAGAGAGACUCACAGUGUUUGGAAAUGUUAGUUGAAUGUGCUCUUAUUAACCAUGCAUGGAUUGAUUUCCUCUUAUGGGUCUGGUCAGUGACUUGACUUUGGAUGAAUUUGGAUAGCUUUGAACCUUGAUUUUCAAUAUUAUUUUAAUCUGCUGGAGCUGCCCACGAGGAUGAGGAUUUUUGCCCAUCCUGUAGCAAUUGGCUGUGGAGCUGCCUCACGCCCGCUUGGUUUGGAACAAGAGGAUGGGAUGUUUUGUACCUUUUGUAGGUGUGUGUGUGCUACUGAAAGCUCGGAGCUCUGCGCUGUACCUGCAAUAACACAUCACCAUCCCCAGUAAAACAUCUCCUGGUAGAAUAAUAAUUGUCAGCCCCCACUCUGGAAGAUGCCCAUUUGCCUGUGAUUUCUUUAAAUCCUGGUUCACCCAAAUAUGUGUUUAACUUUAAAUCCCGCCUAACAAAGCAGCCGGGGGCUGCUGAGCCAAGGGGGGCUCUGCGCCUGCCGGCGGGGAGCAGGGUCCACAGCUCCCACCCUGUCCCCCUUCCACCUGGGUGGGUCUUGGAGUAACCCCAGCGAAACACACGCCUAGACAUAUGAUACCAUGUCUCAGCUGAAAAUUUAGGAAGAGUUCAUGGUCUGGUGGCAUUCCUGUACUGGAGUGCAGCCCUGAUGGCUUACUUCUUUGUUUUUAGUUUUUCCUGCUGCAUUCAAGAGAACAGGUUUUUCAGGCUUCCUGAGGUCAGGGAUGCACACCCUCUGCUACCAGGAAGAGACCUUUCAGUGAACGCUGAAUUAAACAGUUCAGAUCUCUUUUUAAAGAGAAAUCCUCUUUUCAGUAGAAACAUGGUGCCUCAGUUGGUCUCACCCACCCUUUUCUUAUGCGGCUUGCACGGUUUGUUCUCACUCACUUGGAACUUACUUUUUCACUUGCUCGUAGAAAUACAAAGUGGAAGGGUUUCCUUAAAACCAGUGGAAUCCUAACAGUUUUAAAUCCCAUGCAAUGAGGAGGCCUGGCUGCACUGAAGCCAGGGGAUAUGUCCUCAGCGGGACUUCACGGUAGCGAGGAGUUAACAACAGUGGUUGACUGGCUUCUGGGCCUUAUUGCCCAUCUAGUUUUGCUGGAUAAUAUGGUCACAUGUGAUCCUUUUGCUAACCUAUCCGUUCGAUCCUGGUUGAUUUAGGUGACGUUAUCAGCUGAGCAAAAGGAGACAUUGGGAGCUUUACGGCGGGCAGCUGCUAGCAAUGCCAGGACCAACCUGCGCUUUUGUGGUUUCUUUGCUUUUUGCCAAGGAUCAGAACAGAAACGGUACAUGUGACUGACCAGGACGAGCAUCACUUCAUGCUCAUAACCUGGUGUAUUUGGUACUGAGAGCAUAUGCAGAAGGGUAGAGCUUUUUCACAAAGCUUCUGUUGCCUGCAGUAAUUUUACUGUGCUCAUUUUCUCCAUUAAUUUGACACUGAAUGCACUGAUUAUUUUUUUCAACAUAGAUAAAUACCAGCAUAGCCCCAUGUGGUAAGAAUUGAAAUUACUUUAUUUUCUGAGUAAUAAUAGUUCCACUGGAAGCACAUGUGAGAGCUGUAGGUAAAAACCUGUUGUGCAGGAGGUAAGUUGCGCUCAUUUGCGGAGAGGGAAACUGAGGCACGGGCAGGGUCAGCCCGAGCUGGGUCAAAGGCUUGUUGGUGGCAGAGCUGAGCUGGGCCUGACCUCUGCUCGUGAGCCACACGACUCGAGGCUUGCUUCCUUGGAAGGAUGAGGUGGUUCAACAGAGGGUGAAAUUUUAUGAGCUACGUGUUCCCCAAAUGACCGGGUAAAGCCAGAAUAACGUAAACUCACCCCUGCCUGUCCGCUGGGGCUUCCAAGUUGGGGGGAUGUUGUACUGAGAAGUCCGAGACCCGCGGCAAAUGUGCCACAGAGCUAUGCACUGUCUUUGCUUUGUAUUGUGACCAACAGCUCCGACACGGCUUUGCCUGGCGUUGUCGGUUCUGCCGCGCAGCCCCGGGGGCCGGGUGAGGGGAGCCCGGACGUCACUGACCCCCCGACCCAGCUCGCUGACUCCUUUGGUAUUUGUUAAAAGAAACGCUGCACUUAGUCUGCGAGUUAAAAUGUAGUAGCAAACUGAACAAAAUCUCUCUUGCAGUUAAAUUGGGAGGAGUGAUAAAAUAUCUCUUUGCCAAAAAAAGGAAAGACUAGGCCUUAUUUAUUAAAUACUCUUGCGAAUUUUCUCCAGAUCAUUUUUUCCUAGGGUUACUAGUUCUCUGCUAUUCUAGCUCGGUUGUUAGAGCAUCUGUGAGAGAGGGUUUAGGCUCACUUUUAUUUAGUUAUGGUGACUUUCAUCAGUAGGUAAGGGUUUCAUUGCGUGGUUAGGGUGGAAGGGAAUGAGCAUCAGAACCACGUCACCUGGGUCAUUUAGGGAGCUGUUUCAGAGCCUGUGUGUCUACGUGGUCACUCCCAAACCGGGAGCUGGUGUCGGGCUUCCAGCCGCCACCAAACGUCGAUGCCUUUGGUGAGGAGGGAAGGGGUGAGGUGAGCCCAGGGCAGCGCGACGGGCCGGUGCUGGGAGGGUGGGAGGAGGCGAUGGGGGGAACGCAGACAGAAACAAAACUGGUAAAUUUUGAUUAUUUUUGUUAAGCUGCAGUGUAAGGUUUUCUCAACUACUAGAUUCACAGCUGUUCAAUGGAUGGUGUGUAAGAGCAUAACCCAUUUUUAUAGAAUUGUUUCUCCUUUAUUGCUUAAGGCUAAUGGAGGAAAUAGUCUAAUUUUGUCUUAGAAAUUCUCUAUUAAAAUUGUUGGUUUGAGUCCAUCCGCUCAUAGAUUCUGACUGAUGAAACUGCAGGCUGUGAUUUCCGGCAGUUAUAACUUUAUCACUAUUCACUACCCAAGAAUAUUACAGCUUUAAAACAGCCUUAAGCAAAAGGAUGUUAUUUCUUUGUACUAAAUUUGGUUCGUGGAAAAGAAAAAAAAUUCAAAACACUGGUAAUCCGUACUGCAUAGCAAACUCUUCUGAAAAAUGUUAUUGCACAUGUAAAAUAUGAAAACUUGACUCUGCUGUGUGUUAGGCAAUCCUGUAAUCUUUUUUUCUUUUUUUUUUUUUUCUUUUUUUUUUUUUUUUUUUUGAUUCUUGUUAAAUUCAUUUCUUAAAUGCUUGGUUGGAAGACUGUGACAAUAGCUCAUGAAAUUGAGUGUUAUUUUUCUUUCUUUUUUUUAAAUAUGUAAAGUGCAGUCUUCUGUAUUCAUGCAUAUUGUACAUAUCUGUAUAUGUUUUACUGAGCAACUAAAUAACAAUAAAUAUGAUGUUAAUGGUGGCCAUUGUAUAUUUCA